AUGUUUUUAUAUAAAUAUAAAUAAAUAAAUGAUACCUUUUUUUUGGAACCCUCCAGUCUCUUACAGUAUGUUACUGUUUCCUUAAAUUACGGUAAAUUACGACGUGUUAAACAGUAAAUGACCGCCUGUAGGAACACGGUAUCCUCUAGCAGAGAUUAAUAUUUUUGGUACUGAUGAUGCGUGAUAACGAUCUGGAUAAAAACAUUGGUCUUUAUCACACAGAAAUGAAGGAAGACAACAUCACAUUAGUAUGUGCCUAUACUGGGUAUGGACACAGGAAGUUCUUUUGUAAGAAUGAGUGUAAGAAUGAAGGGGAGAUCCUCAUUGACACAACUAAUAACAAAUCUGAGAGUGGCAGAUACAGCAUUGAACACAGACCAGGAUCCAUGUAUGCACUGUAUGCAACCAUCACACAGCUGACCAAGUCAGACACAGGACGGUACAUCUGUGGUUAUGGAAACCCUCUGUCUCCUGAUUCAUACGAGAGUGAAUAUGUUCUUGUCAUUGAUGCAACAACACAGAGUGAAAGUGUCACUCCAGGAGUCUCUACACAUUGUCCUGACUCCUCCUGGCUUCUGGUUGUGCGUGCGUCCUUGGAUGGUGUUUUGCUGAUGGCUGUUUUCCUCAUGCUCUUCUACAUUAGUAAGACAAGGAGGAACUUUGGACUGAACACCAGAGAAAAUGACACAAACAUGGAGUUAUCUGUCGGGUAUGAGAACUUUGAUCCAACCUCCAAACACGAAGAGUCCAAAAGCACCAGGACCAAACCUACUCUGCAUUAUUAAAGACCAAAAUCUAAAAAGUAAAAAUUAAUUUUGGCCAUCUACUCUCUGAGGUUAUCUUCUCUUCCACGCCGGCUUUUUGUUGAUAUUUUUGGACAUAUUUCUGAGAUUUCAAUAAAAGCUCUGGAUACGAGGAUCGCCUCCUAUAUUAUUUGCUUCACUAUGCUUUAAUGUGUUCCUGUUAUAUAAAUGCUUAUAUGUAUUGGCAUAGUUAAUUGCAGA